AUGAUUCAAUACAGUCUCAACCCCGUGAAUGCAAAAAAGAAAGCAAAGCAAUACGACAGCGUCAUUAGGGAGGCUUUGCUUUACUACAAAAGCGGAAACAGACUAAGCUGUAAGGAAUACGUCUCGAAGGGAAAUGAUACACAAAACGGUGUGGAGAAAAUAUUGGAAUCAAAAGGGAGAGGAAGCACACACAGCCAAACAAACGGCCAUUAUGAUGCUGAACAGAGCAAACCGAAUUGUCCACCUAGUGAAGAGUGUCAGAAGAACAUUUCACUGGACUCCAAUUUGUGCUUUUCGGAGGAUUUCCAAAAGGAGGAACUUCUAACCGCGCUGAAACAGUACAUUAAUGAAUAUGUGGGCGAUGUGCAGGAGGCAAAGUGCAGCGAAAUAAUCAACUGCGGUGAUAAGAAAAGGCUGCUAAAAAAGUACAUACAUGAAAUAAAAAAAAAUAACUUCCUCGUUUUGGAAGAUUUAUUUUUCUUCUUCAGCAUUAACCAUGAUAAUAAGGAUUGCAGUGAUUACAGUGAUUACAAGGAUUAUGCGCUCAGCAAAAUGUUCCACUGUCUACUCCUCGUGUUUGAGAAAAAAGAAGAAAAAAAUGUCUUACUCGUUUUGUACACCUUAUUAGUCAUUCUAGAGGAGAGUAAUAUUAGCAAGUUUUUCACCUACCUAAUUGAUGCUCUGAUUGCCACUUUAAACGCGCAUGAGUGCACGUUACCCAUUGGAGAGACGAAUGAGAACGUGAGACUGUUCGACCACAAGCCGAUGGUUCUUACAAGUUACCUCGUGAAUGAAAACACCAGAUAUUUUCUGUUCGCGUAUUUUUACAUCCUCGUGAGGGAUGUCUCCAGGCAGCAGUUCAUGAACCACGCAGACAAGAUAAUCCGCGUAUGCCUAAUGGGUCUAUUCGACCACUGUUGCGAAAUAAACUGCCUAAUGAUGAGCUUCAUAGAGGAAAUUAUCGAGCAAGUAGAAGACCACUACGUGAAUUACCACUACAUCAUCAGUACGUGCUUAUUAAAGUGCCUCUGUAACAAGUACAGUAAGGUGAAAAUAAAAUGCAUGAACACAUUGGUGAAGCUAAUUCUAAAUAAUAGCAACUCAAAAAAUUAUAAAAUUAUAGAAAUGCUAAUUGGGUAUAAGGAUCCCAACGUGGUUCCCAUAAAAAGUUUCUACGACAAUGCCUAUGUGAAUAUUAACUACUUGUGCAACUUAUAUAAUGAUAGAAGCACAAAAGUGAAGUUCCAAUUCUACUCCUUCGUCUUCAUAUUGCUGUACGAAUUUAACGAGUCAAAUGAUUUUGUUACCUUUUUAUUGCCUUACCUCUUUUCGGCCUGUUUUGAUAAUUACAAAAUUUUCAGAUUGGUGUCUUUUUUGUAUAUCCAACUGAUUUGCAGAAGGAAGAAUUUCGAGUUGGACAAAAAUAUGAACGAUGAAAUUAUUUACCAGUUUAACCCUGAGUGGUCCUACAAGACGGCGUUCACUUUGCCGUUGCCUCUGACGGAUUAUUACUUCCCUUCCUUCUAUCGUAGCUCCUUUUUGGUGAACAAAAAUAUGUACACCUUAAAUGUAGCUACUAAACGUCCUUCUUGCACAGGUGGGAGUGGAAUCGUUGUUGAGUCCCCCCGUGAGGAGAAAAACCAAGCAGAUGAUAAUCCCCACAUAAAGCACAAAGAUGACAAAAUAAGGGAAGACGAAUAUUCGGUGGAGUACCACGAGAAGUUGCUCCAAAAUUUUCUCCAAAGCAAUCAACGUAUUAUGCACAUCCUGCGGGAAAACAAAAUUACUCAAAUAAAAAUUACGCACAACGAAAUGAACAAACAAUGCAAGCAACUCUCCUUCACCAUUUUAAAUGCCUACUUCAAAUAUCUGUAUUCGAAAAAGGAAGAUGAAUCGAAUAAAUUAGAAUCACUGGAGAACGCCAAAAUUAUUUUAUUACUAUUUUAUUUCAUUGAAGAAAAUAUUACGGAACAUCUUCCCCACUUUUUUACACAUCUCCUAUUUGCAUUUGAAAAGAAGCUAGACGAAGAGCGCUGGUUCAUUUAUAUGAACUGCCUUUAUUUGGUGGGUUCAUACGUUAAUCCAGCCAACUACUAUUUCUUCCUAGAAAAUUACCUCAAAAAUGUAAAGGAGAAUAAUCAAAAGAAUGUCACCCUCACGUGUCUUUAUAUUCUAGACAAAAUUUGCACGGGAACCAUAGAAACGUAUAAGGAUAUCCAUCAAAGGGGACUCACCCGCGAUGGGAUUCAUCUUAGUUUCGUCCUCGUGUUGGAAAAAAUGAUUGGCCUUUUUUUUAGUGUCAUAAAUGGGGCUCAACAUGUGGAGAGGUAUCUCCUGGUUCUGCAGAUAAUUCACACCAUUCUGAGCAGCGAGUGUGCAUAUGCAACGCUGGAUGAAAGGCACAUCACCCAGUUGGUAAUACUACUGUACAUUAUAUUCAACAAGGUGAAGGAUGUUAAGGAAAACCUAACCAAAGGAAAGGACAAAAUUUGCCUGAACAGGAACUUCUACAUCCCGGUCGAUGUGUUGGACAUUCAUUUUUACAUCACCAGAAUAAAAAGGAUAAAAAACUUCGAACAUUUAGACAUGAGCCAAGAGCAAAUAAACAUCAGCAUCGGGUCAGAAAUACUUUACAAAAUAUUCACUCUGUCAGAUGACAACAUAAAUCAGAAGACAGCAAUUUUGCAAAUCCUGCCAGACGAAUUUCUCUACAAUUCACACUAUGUGUACUUCCUAAUUCAGUACAUAAUUAAAAGACAGACGUUUUUUUAUGACCAAAGUUUUUCCAUCUUUUUGUGUAAAAUUAUGAUAAAACUGUUUAACCUGAACCAAAAUAAAAGGAACAUAAUAAAAGUGGUACUUUACAACGAAGAGCUAGCCUUAUAUGAUAUUCACCAGGAAAGCAGAGACAAGAAUGUUAAACAGGUAAAGCACGUUUUCCUCGAACACGCCUGUACAAUAUUUUUACUGUUCAUCUUCAGAAAUGUGAAUAUAUAUGAAACAUUUGGUAACGUUGUUGGAACCUGUAAAUUGGUGUUGCACCUCCUCACUGAGGUGAAGAAUCCCUAUUCCUUUUUGUUCUUCGUUAAGCGUACAAGCCUCCUCAGCAAGCUGUGCGAUAUACUCGAGUGCAGAGAAGCGAAAAGCAUCUUUUUUUGCAAACAGGUCCUGAAUGACCUGCACAUCAAUUACGAAAAAUAUAUGAACAACGAUGGGGACAUAAAAUAUCUGGACCACAUAAACAUAGGGAAAAAAGUUGGCCUCAGAAAGCAAGUAAAUGCAGAGGUGGAUAUUCUGUUCUACUUUGUAAGUACCUGCAUUUAUUUAAUAUACUACAAGUCGUUAGCCUGCUUGUCUGUGCUGCUGAAGGAACAGGUAGAUGAAAUAGGUCACCUAAAAAUACAUGAAGCUUUUAGAACCCUUUUUGAUGGCACAGAGAAGCGGGUUCUACAAAUAUUAAAAAUUAAAGAACAGGGAAGUUAUACCAUGUCUAAUUUGUAUAAAAGAACCAUUGAAGAUAUGGUCCUUCAAAAAAACAACUUUUCAGAGCUAUUCUUAUUAAGGAAGAAAAUUUUAAACUCCCCCGAUUAUAAUGAUCUCAUAUUGAAUACCCACAUCUAUUUUAGAUACACUUUUACCCUCCUGCAAGAGGUUCACAUGUUUCUUCUGAACCCUGUUAUUCUUCACUACUUUUAUGAAGUGAACCAUGGGGGGUUGAUCAGCUCGACCGAUGUAAAUCCCUUAAGCGGUCAUAAGUCCGGGAAUCUUUCCACAGAAAAAAACGUUCCACCUGCUAGCGACAAAAUUGAGGAAGGACCAAAUAGCAACAGUGAUGACAACCCAUGUGAGAAGCAAAACAAUUUCGUAGAAGAAAUGGAGUCAUUUUUUCAGAAGGAAGAGACACACAAUAUAGAGGGUAUCAAAUAUGACCACACCAAUUUGGAAAAUUAUUUUAAAUCUCAUGACCUCGUUUUUUUAAUACUCGAACAUGGUGUUUAUCACAUUCCCUUCCGCGUCCUGGAGAAGAAUUCUCUCAUUAUUUUGCUCUAUUCCUCUUUGCUAUUUUUUGUGGAUGAUUUUUUUCAAAUAAGCGUUCUACAGAAUGACGACGAGUCAUCCUUUUUGUCCAGCACCAGUGUGGGACUUUCGAAGGACUUCUUUUUGAAUCCCUUCCAAAUUGGGGAAAACCAUUUGAUAGCCCUCUUCAAUUUGGUCAUUCUGCUGUAUCUAGAAAACGAGGACAUGAUUAGCGGCGCCUUAGUAAAAAUGAACUGCAACGAAAACGCAGAACGAACAGCCAACUUUGAUAAAGGCAUAUUUUGCAAUAUAGUGAACAAUGUAAUUUUCAAUUAUGAAAAAAAAAACCUGGUGAAGGAGUCCUUCUGCGGAUGUCUCAGCUUCUUGCUGUCGGUCCUAAGCGUCAAUUAUGGAGACGUCCUCGAAAAUUUGAAGAUAACAUACACCAGGACCAAGCACGUUAAACGGCUGGACGUCUGCAACAACAUCAUUAACACGUUUUUGUGA